AUGCCGCAUGUUCGGGCGAGGGAGUACCUGGUCCCGGAUAGUCAGUACAGACUGGAAUAUAUAGAGGUCAUCCAAAGGCACCACAAGAGAACCCCGUACCAGAGUAAUACAUUUCCGGUGGAAGAUAUUGAGUGGAAUUGUGGAGACACAAGACAGUUUUAUUAUGGCGAGCCUAUGGAUGGAUUUGAGGCCUCGAAGUGGGAUAACUACGAGGACUCUUUAAACCCCCUACGGAAACGGGGCUAUCAGGGUACAUGCCAAUUCCCACAAAUCACCAAAGACGGUCUCGAUGACUCGUAUACUCACGGAAAGGACCUCCACGACGUCUAUCAUAAACUACUCAAAUUCCUUCCUGCAAAAUAUGAUGAAACAACAGUCUUCCGAGCGACCAGUAAUGUGAUCACGUCACAGGUUGCAGGAGCUUUAAUCAAGGGAAUGUUCGGCUCGUCUGAUAAAGUUCCUGUGCUUCAGCAAUAUGACACCAUAGACUCUCUUCGUCCUGGUUACUCUUGUCCGUACGCGGAUAGUAUCCAUAGUGGCUAUCAGGGAAGUAAUAUAAAUUGGACUGAACACUUAAAGCUGAGUCAGUGGCUUUUCGAUGGGCUUGAUGCAGUAUCAGGUGUUAAUCCUAAUGAUAGUGAAUGGCACUCUUGGUACGAUCAUUAUUUCGACAAUCUUUCCUCCCGUCUCUGCCACUCAAAACCGCUCCCAUGCUCAGUCACUUCCCCGAGCAAAUGCAUAAGCCAUGAAAUGGCAGAUAGCGUCUUUCGCAUCGCCCAAUAUGAAUACUCCUACAUCUUCCGCGACACCCCCCGAUCGCUCGAAUAUGCAAGAACCAAACACAAUAUAGGUCAUGACGGUUCUAUAUCGCUGCUACUGGGAGCAUUACAGAUUAGUGAGAUGGUCUGGCCCGGAAUGGGGUCUGAGGUUAUAUUCGAGCUCUAUUCGAGCUCGAUUCUAGAUGCCGGUCUCAACAAGAAGUGGUACAUGAGGGUGCUGUGGGGUGGGAAGGUCAUGCACUCAUCGGCGAUGGGAGAGGUUAAUAUGAUUCCCGUGGAAGAGUUUAUGGGGUAUCUACGUGAUUUAGUAGGGGACAGUGGGGCUUAUGUGCGCGAGAAGUGCGGGAUUUAG